CCUUUUGUAGGAGUUGCUUCACUAAAUAAUGUUGUGACUUCCUGGUCAACAGCUCUAAUUGGAAACUACUCUCAAUCUCACAGCUUGUGGACACUGGAAUUUCUGAAACUUUCAUAGGCAAAUGUUACCAACAGCAGCUGUAUUCAGAGCUCGCCUUACAGUAACAGCUUGUGAAGCUGAUGUAAAAUAAGAUGCUUGGCAUUUCUGUUGCUGAUGCCCUCAACGUUCUCCUGCAAUGCUGGACUUUGGAUACCUGUCCAGCAGGAAGGAUUUGCCAUACAACUCGUGUGCAGAAGAAUUUGGAAAGCUACUUCAAGACAGUGACAAGGAUGUCCCAUCAGAGUGUGGGAAAGAUGGCAUAGGAUACUGCAGAAGACAUUUUGCCCUCAUUUUGAAAUGGUUGCUGCACUCAGUGGUGGUGUUUUUCCUCUCCUCCUCAUGCAGAACAACCCAAUAAUUGUGGGCCACUAUACGGAUAGAAAAAGGUGUCAAAAAGCCACAGCCACAGAUGCUAAAGACUCCUGCUGCUAAUGGUAUCAUUGAAAGAGAUGAAACACCUAUGGAGAAGGAAAUUGCGCGUUUGCAUCGAGUGGACUUUGAAUUCUCAGACAUAUUCUACUUCUGCAGAAAAGGGUUUGAGGCCAUUGUGGAUGAUGAAGUCACCCAAAGGUUUUCGUCUGAAGAGCUGGUCUCCUGGAAUCUCCUCACAAGGACUAAUGUCAACUUCCACUACAUCAGCCUGAGACUGACGGUUGUAUGGGUCAUUGGGGUUAUAGUGCGAUACUGCUUCCUGCUGCCCUUGCGCUUUACCCUUGCUGCCAUUGGGAUUACCUCAAUGAUUGUGGGGACAACGAUAGUAGGGCAGCUGCCAAACAGCAGUGUGAAAAACUAUCUGAGUGAAGUGGUUCAUCUCACGUGUUCCCGCAUUCUUGUUAGAGCACUCUCUGGUACUAUCCGUUACCAUAACAGGGAAAACAAACCUCAGAAAGGAGGAAUUUGUGUUGCCAACCACACAUCACCGAUAGAUGCAAUCAUUUUGACAAAUGAUGGAUGCUACGCAAUGGUUGGCCAGGUACACGGGGGACUGAUGGGAGUUAUUCAGAGAGCCACAGUCAAGGCCUGUCCUCACGUCUGGUUUGAGCGGUCAGAAAUCAAAGACCGCCAUCUAGUGACCAAAAGACUCAGGGAACAUGUGGCAGAUAAAAGCAAGCUUCCAAUCUUAAUCUUUCCAGAAGGCACCUGCAUAAACAAUACAUCUGUGAUGAUGUUCAAGAAGGGGAGCUUCGAAAUAGGAGGGACGAUCUAUCCUGUUGCAAUCAAAUAUGAUCCUCAGUUUGGAGAUGCAUUCUGGAACAGCAGCAAAUACAACAUCGUGAGCUACCUACUGCGAAUAAUGACCAGCUGGGCCAUUGUUUGCAACGUGUGGUACAUGCCACCAAUGGUUAGAAAGGAAGGUGAAGAUGCCGUUCAGUUUGCCAACAGAGUGAGGUCAGCCAUUGCUCACCAAGGAGGACUGACUGAACUUCCCUGGGAUGGAGGUCUGAAGCGAGCAAAAGUCAAAGAUACUUUCAAAGAGGAACAGCAGAAAAACUACAGCAAGAUGCUAGUGAGAAAUGGAUCAAUAGGAAGUCUGUCUACAGGAACGGAGUCAGACUGAAUGGUGGUUCUUGAAAACUAAUUUUGCACAACCAGCCUUAGCAGGAAUAAUGUUUUUUAAUUAACCCAAACAAAACUUGGAGCAACAAAAUGCCCUAUCACAUGUGUGCAUAUUCUCUGUAUGGCUGAUGCAGAGCCUGCCAAGGAUGGUCUCUCUCUCUCUCGUUCUCUCUCUCUGUCUCUCUCUCUCUCUCUCUCUCUCUCUCUCUGUCUCUCUGCCCCUCCCCAUCUUCAAGUGAUGAUGUGUUGCAGCUCCUAGUAUUCUUGAGCUGAACGUGUGUGAAGUUUAGACAAAAGGAAAAAAGCAUCCAUUUUCUGAGUUUGUAAGGAUGGAGGGAAGUACACUGAACAGAUGCUGUCAGGACCACUGCUUGUGAGGAUACCUCUUGUUCAUGGUACUUUGAAGCUUUAAAAUUUUGUCUUUUUUUCCCCUGUUGCUCACAUAGUAUUAGUUGUAGAUGAAUUAACAUGUUUUGGGAUGUCAUCAGAACUGUAAUAUUGACUCCUCUGGUUAGCUUGCACCUGGGUGUGCAAGUUGGGAAAGGGAAGCAGAGACUGCAAAUCCUACAGGAUUAGGAAGGAGCUUCCCUGCCAAAAGUACAGUUCAUGGACCAUGAGGAAUUUGGUGGCCUUAUAACAUGGUGUUGCCUUUAUUGAGAACUACUACUUGACAGAAGAUAAGGAGAAAGUCCUCAGUCUCUGUCUGUUGCUACUGUUAAAAUUGCUUUCUUGAGAUCUGUAGAUGUAAAGAUAAGAUACAAGAAGCAGCUGGAUCAUGGAGGCUAUGACAGAUGAAUUUUUAUGAAGUGAGUUUUUAAGACUAUCCUUCUGCAAAAAUUGCUGCUAACGGAUUAAAACAUCUUGAGAGUGCUACUCCAGGAACACAUUUUGUGUUGGCAGUUGGGCUGGCAGUAGCACAGCUAUAAACAUAGGAUCCAUAAGUCACCUGUGAUACAGGAUGUGGCAUGUUCAAAUCUGAAAUAUAUUGCUGUCUGAAUGUAAAGAUAAAUAAAUUCUAUAUUUCUAAUAGA